AAGCAGAGACACGGAUGCUGCGGAGGAUACUGAGGCUUGGUCUUUACAUUUGAUCCCAUGAUGGACAUUCAAGUGGAUGGAUAGACUCUAAACAUACUUAUUUUAAUGGAGAUACAACCUGUUGUGUGUGUUUCAUCUGUGGACUUGGAUUGGAUCUAUACGUCAUUGAUGCAAGCUGCUUAUAGGGACUUCAGUAUACAAUUUGAAGGGAUACCACAGUCCUGUUUAGUCCAGACAGUUCCUGGAAGACAAUUUUAGUGAACUGUAUGUAUUGUGAGAUUUGUAUCUCUGUUUUAGUUCAGGCCUAUAAGUGGAUGGGGCCCAGCACUAAGGCUAGUUGCCUAGAGAAAGACAAAUGCUGUAGUCAUAACUGGUGACUAUAAGCCUAAAACUGCUGGAUGAUUCCUCUACUUUGUCAUCACAUUUCAUUCAAAGAUUGAUUGAGCAUAGUCUGGAAAAGUGAGAAAUAUUAAAUCUUCCAUUUCUCUAAAUUGUAUUUUUGAAACAGGCUUAGAGCAGAAGCUUUGCAUAAAUUGGCAUUGUUUUCCUUUUCCAGUUUGUUCCCUGCUGUUAUUGUUUCACUAUUCCCGGCUGUUCAGAAAAGGUGCCUCCCAUUGUAUUUUAAAUCUUUGUUAAACUGUACAUUGGCUGCCUUUGUAUCCCAACAGUACAAUGAGAGUUUCAGAUAGAGUGGCUGAAUAUGUCUGAAUAUGCCUAUUCUCCCAUACGAGGCUCAACACCGUUCAAAUCGUCCAUUAAACAGCAUUCAUAUUAAUUAUAGCCAAUGCGUACUGCAUGGCAAAGCAUUUUUUACAGAUUUGCAUUGGAAAGAGACAAACUAUCCAGGGGUGAGUGGAUUUCUAACUGUUUUGUUCGGAUUGUUCUUCUCUGUUUGCAUUUUCAAUUGUUGAUGAUAAAGGGAAAGGGGAAACAGUAUUAUCUGCUGUUACAAUUUGCAAUGUAUUCCCCUCAUUGAUAUGUGCAUACUCUWUCAGUCUCGUGUAUCAACAGCUGUCUGAGAAGUUAUGAGAUAAGGAGUGACAUUUUUGGAACAUUUAUUUAUUCAACAGAAUAAAAAGGUUUUCUGUAUUGUGAGUUGCAAUACAACCAUCUUAGAUCAGAUAAGAAACCAUUUGCUCUCACUGUUUGCAAAACACUAGAAAAUGUUCCUUUACAUAGAAUUAAUAUUGGUGUCUAAAUGAUUCCUACUGUACUGUUUUAGGUAGUAGUGGACUGAGAGGUUGUGAUCCCCCCAGGUUAAACCAUGGGAGACUGGUCCAUUCUCGGACGCUUCCUGUCCGAGGUGCAGAACCACUCCACAGUGAUCGGCAAGAUCUGGCUGACCAUGCUGCUGAUCUUCCGCAUCCUGCUGGUGACCCUGGUGGGGGACGCGGUGUACAGCGAUGAGCAGUCCAAGUUCACCUGCAACACCCUGCAGCCCGGCUGCAACACCGUCUGCUAUGACACCUUCGCCCCCGUCUCACACCUGCGCUUCUGGGUCUUCCAGAUCGUCUUGGUCUCCACGCCGUCCAUCUUCUACAUCGUUUACGUCCUGCACAAGAUCGCCAAGGAUAAGAAGCUGGAGGUCCAGAAGGGGCAGGUGAUGGCUGAGCGGACCUCCAAYAAGMUSUUUGGYCAGCUGGMYAGGYAAGGGCUGGAGAACAUGGAGACUGGUAUGRCCACCUACUGCCCUGGYUACAGYGAGGAGUGGGMUGGUKAGGAAGSGGAGGGGGUGGAGCAGAGCCUGCUYGAGGAGGACUAUGGYGAGMUYGGGGAGGARCCKACUCAGCUSUCCAGCCAGGUGCUGCUKAUKUACAUCCUGCARGUGCUGCUYCGCUCCGUCAUGGAGAUCACCUUCCUGUUGGGGCAGUACUACCUGUUUGGCUUCGAGGUGCCCCAACUGUACCGCUGUGAGACCUACCCCUGCCCCACCCGCACAGACUGCUUUGUGUCACGUGCCACCGAGAAGACUAUCUUUCUCAACUUCAUGUUCAGCAUUAGCGUGGGCUGCUUUGUGCUCAACAUCGCAGAGCUGCACUACCUGGGCUGGGUCUACAUCUUCCGCGUACUGUGCUCCGCUUGCUCCACCUGCUUCCAGCCCGAGAGCCACCCUGUGGGGCUGUACAACCACCACAACCCUCUGCUGCUGCAGCUCAAACACUCUCUGAGGGGCAGGCUGGUCCUGCAGACUCCCACGCCCAUGGCCCAGGAGAAGGCUGGGGGCCACCUUCUCACUCACAUCCCAGCCAUCUCCUUUGAGACCAACUCUACUGUGGAGUGCACCUCCAAGAGGACUCCGGAAGAAAGGGACCGGGUGAAGGUUAAACUGGCCAACAUGGAGUUGAUGGGAAGGAUCAAGAAGUCUUGGCUGUGAAAUGCCCAUUAUGUGUGAUUAUCGAAUUUAGCAUUUUCCACUUUUGAAACAACAAUGGGAAAGACAGGGUUUAAAGCAUAGGUUGCUCAGAUUGGGCUUUUGGAAAAAUUGGGAGAAUGAAAGUGCACUCCUGAUUCAGAGAGAAAGGUCCAGCUUAAUCAUCCAUACCAUUGUUUAAAUUACAUAAAAGAACAUUCAAACUGUUCCUGAGUUUCGAAAGACAGAGAAAGGAAAACAUCAUUAUCUUCAGUCUGUUCACACCUGUUCACACAAGGCCUACUGUCCACAUUCUCAGGGUUCUUCAAUACAAAAACACCUGUUUCAGAAAACCUGAUCACUUUCACAUUCAAACAAUGUUUGUAGGAUACUUUUCAAUAACUCAAUAAAUGUAAGUGUUGAAAUCAUACAUAGCUGGUAACUUGAGCUCGACAGAGUACUUGUGCUCGGCAGAGUAGUUUUGACCUGUGUCCAGACGCAGUCAUUUAUUUUGUCUAAAGGCAAUUUGUCUCUUAUAACAAUAUUAUUUUUCUGAAUAAUCUAAUUUAAUUGACUGGUAGGUAGUCACUUUUUUUGUAGCAUGUGUGCCUCUGUUUAUUGAUAUGUGCAUGGUGUGUAUGUGUAUAGAUGUUAAGUAAUUAAUGUUGAAAUUAUCCAAAGGGUUUUAACUGAAAUGUUAAAAGUUGGUGUCUCAAUCUCAGACAUUUGCGCUCAUAUUUGUAAAUACUAUUUCCAAAAUGGCAGAAUCAAACAGUAUUGGAAUAGUGACUUGUAUUUUGCAUCUAGAAGUGUAAGAAUUUUAGAAGAAUGCUAUUUCAUCAGUCAAAUGUUGCACUGUUUGAUAAGACAGGGUAUGGAAAACCUCCAUUUUAAUGAGUUUAGUUGUGAGUUUGACAUUUUACCACAAGAGGUCACUAUAAUACUAUAAGUUAUCAAACAGGGUUGUGCUGAAAAUCAAAUGAACCACAGCCAAAUAAAGUAUUUGCAACUAAGAGUAAGAUUAAAAAAUACAUGUUUAACUUACUUCCUUGAUAAAAUACAUUCUAAAAUGUAAAUAUAUGUGAUUUCUGAGUAUUUAGUGCACAUAUCUGUUGAAGGCCCAAAGCAGACGUUUUUAUAUCAAUAUCAAAUCAUUUCUGGGUAACAAUUAAGUAC